UGGCUGAUGAUCUGGAGCAACAGUGAGUUAAUCCUGUGUCUUUCUCUUCCUCUCUCUCUCUCUGGGCCAUGAUCCCGGGACUGUCGGUGACUGAGGAACAGUUGUAGACACCUUCCCGCCUUUCCUUUUUCAGGCCUCAGGGCUGGCUGAGCAGCUGGCUGCCUGCUUGGCGCCCCACUUCCAUGUCUCAGCUGAAGAAUGUGGAAGCCAGGAUCCUCCAGUGCCUCCAGAACAAGUUCCUGGCCAGAUAUGUGUCCCUCCCAAACCAGAACAAGAUCUGGACAGUCACCGUGAGCCCGGAGCUGAGGGAUCGCACCCCCCUGGUGAUGGUGCACGGCUUCGGGGGUGGUGUGGGCCUCUGGAUCCUCAAUAUGGAUUCACUGAGUGCCCGCCGCACUCUGCACACCUUUGAUCUGCUUGGCUUUGGGCGAAGCUCGAGGCCAACGUUCCCUAGGGACCCCGAAGGGGCCGAGGAUGAGUUUGUGACAUCCAUAGAGACGUGGCGGGAGACCAUGGGGAUCCCCAGCAUGAUCCUCCUGGGGCAUAGUUUGGGAGGAUUCCUGGCCACCUCUUACUCUAUCAAGUACCCUGAAAGAGUUAAACACCUCAUCCUGGUGGACCCAUGGGGCUUUCCUCUUCGACCAACUGACCCCAGUGAGAUCCGUGCACCCCCAACCUGGUUCAAGGCUGUAGUGUCUGUCCUAGGGCGUUCCAAUCCCCUGGCUGUUCUUCGAGUAGCUGGGCCUUGGGGGCCUGGCCUGGUUCAGCGAUUCCGGCCGGACUUCAAGCGCAAGUUUGCAGACUUCUUUGAGGAUGAUACUAUAUCUGAGUAUAUCUACCACUGCAAUGCUCAGAAUCCCAGUGGGGAGACAGCAUUCAAAGCCAUGAUGGAGUCCUUCGGCUGGGCGAGGCGCCCCAUGUUGGAGCGGAUUCACUUGAUUCGCAAAGAUGUGCCCAUCACCAUGAUCUAUGGGGCCAACACCUGGAUAGAUACUAGCACAGGGAAGAAAGUAAAGAUGCAGCGGCCAGACUCCUACGUCCGAGACAUGGAGAUUGAGGGUGCUUCGCACCACGUCUAUGCGGACCAGCCACACAUCUUCAAUUCCGUGGUGGAAGAGAUCUGUGACUCAGUUGACUGACCUGCUGCCCAUGGAGGAAGAGGAGAAAGCCAGAGAGCCGCUCUCGCCUCCCUGUCCGCUUACUCGCCCCUGUGUCCUUUCCUCACCAACUAACAUGUGCCAGCCAGGCAGUCUUGGGCUGUCCCCAGGGCAGGAUCACAGUGAAAAAGAGCACUCCCGAACCCACACGAAGGGUUGGAGGCUGAAGCCGCACGAGGCCUUGAGCACCCCACCCCGGGGAAGAACAUAAAGGGUUGCAUAGUGCCACCCAUUCUCUCCAUGCCAAGUGUUACCCAGAUGGUGGUUGUGACGGGAUCGCACUGAGCCACGUUCCCUCCCCGUGCCAAAGGCGGGGGGUGGGGGGCGGCCUCUUCCCCUGGGUGAGGGAGAGGCUCCCGGAAGCCUUUCCCAGCUCUGGAAUGCUUGUGGGGGUAGGUUCCAAGCAAAAGCAUCCUCCUCCAUCACCCCCAGCCUCCAUUCCAUGCCAGUUUUGUCCAGAGUCUGGUUGGGAGCUAACUACCAACUAACUAUUAACUUCUUAACUACCAAGAGCAGGUCUCAGAGCGCCCUUGACCUGUGAGGUCCCUCCCAUGACCUAAGAAGUCCUGUCCAAAGCGCUCAUUAACGGAUAAGGAACAGGCCAGGGCAGGACAUGGCUGGCCCAUGGUGAUACAGCUCUGCUCCGGGAGAGCUAAAGCUCGAACCCAGGUCUGCUGACACCCAGUACCCACUGCAGACUCCAUUUUGCUAAAGUUCAAGGCAGACACCAUUGCCAUGAGGCUGGUCCUAGUCACUGGCCGAGGGUAAGCCCAUCCCUGUCCCACUUUCUAGCCCCAUUGUGCAGGCGUGCUAUUGUCCGGCCGUGUGUCUCGGCCCUGGCUGCCUAAGCGGGGGACACUCAAGUGCUUCCUUCCCUGCCCCCUCAUCCUCCCAACUGGGAGGCCUCUUGGUCUCCCUCUGUGCCUUGGGCCCCAAAGCCCCACCUGUAGGAUAGAGUAAAGAUGGCCCCUGGUGGAGAGAUAAGGGAAAGGUCCUUCAACCCCAGGGCUAUGUCUGGAUUCCUUGUUCCCACUAGUAUCCGCGGAGUUUUUCUACCCUGCCCAUGGUCUGAUGGAGAGCCUCAAGCCAGCAGUUCCCUGUCCUCAUCAGCCACAGGAUGGUUCUCACUGCCUGGCCCUCUAUCCCUGCCAUCUGUCCCAUGGUCUUCAGCUCCUCCUGCCUGCGACCUACCUGUCACUGUCUCCCAGGGGCUGGUUCCAGGUGCUGCUCUGAGGUUCUGGGCUGUGGGCUGGGCCUGGCCCCAGAACCAGGGCAGCUUCUGUCUGCCCCUUGAGUUUUGUAAAGCCGACCCUUUCACCAGAAUAGUAUUAACUCCUGGUGCUUUGUACUACUGGUCCAGCUGCCUUGGGCUCCUUUUCUAUAUUAAUAAAGAAAUGAGUAAAAA